UGGGGCGGUACGGCUUCGCUGGUCUGCUUCCUUUCAGAGACCAGCGCCUCUCUCUACAUCUCUACAUCCGAUACCUCCGAUCGCGUCGCCUUCUGACCGGCACAUUCUCAACAACGCCCUGACACUAUGUUUACCACUGAACAGGCCUCGAAGGCCUCGACAACUCCCUCCACAUCAAGUCACGAACGCGUCCCUCCAGAUUCAGUCAAGAACGCAACACAAGAAAUCCUAGCACGACCAUCAUCUCUUUUCCUGCGCUUGCCAAUGGAGAUCAAGCUCAUGGUUUACCGGUAUGCCUGGACAGUCGACCCUGAAGCAGACAAGUACCAGUGGCAGCGGUUUGUUCGUCAGUAUGCUAUUGAGUACGAGUACGAUCCACUAAACGAAGAUUUGGAAGACCAGCUCAAGGCACUCCACACAUUGGGUUCCAUCUGCAAGAAAAUACGGAGGGAUGCCUACUAGAUGUACUUUUCCCGCAGUCAGUUCCAUUUCGAGUUUUGGCAUGAGCCUCACAGGAGAGGGCAAGGCCCCGAGAGCAUGUUCCAGAUCCGCCGC